CAGCCCCAUCCAGCAGGAAGUGAGACUUUGUGGCAGAGCUGUUACUAGUUAACUCCUGAGAGCACCUCUGACUGUGAGUGCCAGCGAUGGGCCAGAUAGAAUGGGCGAUGUGGGCCAAUGAGCAGGCCCUGGCAUCAGGACUGAUUCUCCUCUCUGGCGGCAUAGUGGCGGUGGCCGGGCAGUUUAAAGGUUGGGAGUUUGGAGCUUACGCAAUAGCUGCCGGAGUUUUCAUCAGCCUCCUGGAAUAUCCUAGAAGCAAGAGGAAGAAGGGCUCGACGAUGGAGAGAUGUGGACAGAAGUACAUGACGGCAGUGGUGAAAGUGUUUGGGCCCCUGACACGGAAUUAUUAUGUCCGCGCCAUCUUGCAUGCAGGGUUGGCAGUGCCCGGAGGAUUCAUCCUGGCCACCAUCUUGGGCACAGUGUGUCUUGGUAUCGCAGCCAUUAUUUACCUCCUGGCUGCGAUAUGUAAAGAGGAAUGGCAACCCAUCGAGGUGCAAGCAGCGCCAAAACUGAGAGUGGCAGAGACCAUUAAGCAUCCACCACAAAAUCCCCCUCCCCGGCCUCCCCCCGAGGUGCGCCGCAAGCAGGUGGACGAGGGACAUGUCAACCCCAUUCCGGUCCAGGAUGAAGUAUGACAUCAUACGUAGUACUUUUUUGUUGUUGUUGUUGCCACACGUCCAAAGGAUUUUUCAUUUUUUUGUAAGGACGGUUUAUAUAACCUACUAUUGUAUAACAGCUGGUUUUCCAGGCCACAGCUGCAUGCUGCUUCCAGUGGGUGGAGCUAGAAUCGCAUUCUCAUCUUGGAUCCGGCCCCCAAUUUUUAACAUCCUUCUCGAUGGACGAGAGCCUGGGUUUUCUCGUUUUAUCUGUACUUGUGGCGAGAGCCAGGAUGAAGAUGGCCAGUUGUCUAUAUCAUGCUUAGAUGCUAACUAGAGGAGAGAUUGGAGACGUUUAAUAGUAGGUCGUCUUCCUAAUGUUUGGACAUAUUGGCGGCCGCUUUUGGAUUUGUGCAGGAAAUGUUUUGUUUUUUUAACAUGGCCUCAUGCUUCGCAUUACAUGUAAGAAAAAGAAUGAUCACAUAAUAUUUAAUUGACUAUGGGGGUAAUUAAGACCUAAUCGCUAGUAAGCAGUUUUUGCACUGCUGCGAUCAGAUAGUCGCCGCCUACAGGGGGAGUGUAUUAUAGCUGUGCAAGUGUGCGAUCGCAUGUGUAGCAGAGCUGUACAAACUGACUUUGUGAAGUCUCUGCGCAGCCCAGGACUUACUCAGCCGCUGCGAUUCCAUCAGCCUGUCCGGGUCCAGAAAUGACGUCCGGAAGCCUCCCUGCAAACGCUUGGACACGCCUGCGUUUUUCCAAAGACUCCCUGAAAACGGUCAGUUGCCACCCACAAACGCCCUCUUCCUGUCAAUCUCCUUGCGUUCGCCCGUGCGAACAGAUCCUUCGCAAAAACCCAUCGCUGAGCGGCGAUCCGCUUUGUAACCGUGCGAUGCGCCUGCGCACUGCGCUGCAUGUGCAGUUUGGACCUGAUCGUCCGCUGUGUGAAAACGCAGCCUAGCGAUCGGGUCUGAAUUACCCCUUAUGAUGGGUUAUAGAUGCCGGUGCACGAGUGCUGAAUUCCUGAUAUAAAGGUUCGGGGUAUAUUUACUCUUCUCCGCAGGAUUUCAAGUUAAAGCGCCGCUAGUAUUAAGUACAAAGCCCGGUGCUUGCAAGCACAAACCUACCGAGAAGCUGCCCCUUAAAAAACAUAAAAAAUAAAAAUUUAUGUAUGUAUGUGUGUAUAUAAAAAUAAUUACCUCUGGGAAUCUUCUGAAAUCAUUUUACAUGAUAUUUGAUAUUGCCAGCCCUGGCCUGUCCCCUACUUGUGCAGACAGGGAGAAGACCAGCCUGCUUCACUGUAUACAAAUGCUGCUUUAGUAAUACAUGUUUAUUACUUGUGUAAUAAAUACUGCAAAUAAAGUCUGAUAUCUAUUGUUGUA